AUGCUCAACUUCACUGAUGUGACAGAGUUUAUUCUUUUGGGACUGACCAGUCGUCGGGAAUGGCAAAUUCUCUUCUUCGUCAUUUUUCUUGUGGUCUACAUUAUCAGCUUAGUGGGCAAUAUUGGCAUGAUUAUGUUAAUUAAGGUCAGUCCACAGCUCAGUAGCCCCAUGUACUUUUUUCUCAGUCAUUUGUCAUUUGUGGAUGUGUGCUUUUCUUCCAAUGUUACCCCUAAAAUGUUGGAAAACUUGUUAUCAGAGACAAAAACUAUUUCUUACAAUGGCUGUUUGGUACAGUGUUUCUUCUUCAUUGCCCUUGUCCAUGUAGAACUUUUUAUCCUUGCUGUGAUGGCCUUUGAUAGAUACAUGGCAAUCGGGAAGCCUCUGCUCUAUGGCAGCAGAAUGUCCAGGGUUGUCUGUGUUCGACUGAUCUCUUUCCCUUACACAUAUGGUUUUCUGACUAGUCUGGCAGCAACAUUAUGGACUUAUGGCUUAUACUUCUGUGGGAAAAUUGAGAUCAACCACUUCUACUGUGCAGACCCACCUCUCAUCAAAAUGGCCUGUGCUGGGACCUUUGUCAAAGAGUACACCAUGAUCAUACUUGGAGGCAUUAAUGGCACGUACUCUCUGACUGUAGUUGUCACUUCUUAUCUGUUCAUUCUCAUCGCCAUUUUACGGAUGCACUCAGCAGAAGGGAGGCGGAAGGCCUUCUCCACCUGUGCAUCCCACUUGACAGCUGUCAUCAUAUUUUAUGGGACUCUCAUCUUCAUGUACCUCAGACGCCCCACAGAGGAGUCUGUGGAGCAGGGGAAAAUGGUGGCUGUGUUUUACACGACAGUGAUCCCCAUGCUGAACCCCAUGAUCUACAGUCUGAGGAACAAGGAUGUGAAAGGGGCCGUGAACAAAGUGAUGAGCAGAAUAUGUAAAACUGUGAGAAGAAACCUCACCUCGGUGACUGAGUUCAUUCUCCUAGGACUGACUGACCGCCAGGAACUGCAGAUUCUCCUCCUCCUGCUGUUUCUGGCCAUUUAUGUGGCCACAGUGGCAGGAAACCUGGGUAUGAUUGUCCUCAUCCAGGCCAAUGCCCGGCUCCACACGCCCAUGUACUUUUUUCUGAGCCACUUGUCCUUUGUGGACCUGUGCUUCUCCUCCAAUAUAAUCCAACCAAAGCCUCUCAUAUGAGACAAAGAAAUGUCCAGAAGAAACUACACUGAAGUGACAGAAUUUAUUCUCUUGGGCCUAACAAGUCGCCCAGAGUUGCAAGUUGCUUUCUUUGUGCUGUUCCUUGUGGUUUACAUAUUCACUGUGAUAGGGAACGUGGGCAUGAUUGUUUUAAUCAAAACUGAUUCUCGACUUCACACUCCCAUGUACUUCUUUCUCUCAAGUUUGUCUGUUCUAGAUCUGUGUUUCUCCACAAAUGUCACUCCCAAGAUGCUGGAAAAUUUCUUAUCAGAGAAAAAGACCAUCUCGUAUGCAGGUUGCUUGGUGCAAUGCUAUAUUGAGGCUGUGGUCCUCACAGAGCACUGCAUGCUGGCUGUCAUGGCCUAUGACCGCUACAUGGCCAUCUGCCAUCCACUGCUGUACAGUAGCAAGAUGUCCAAGCAUGUCUGUGUUCGCCUGGUCAUUGUCCCUUAUGUUUAUGGUUUCCUCCUCAGUGUGAUGGAGACCUUGAGGACCUACAACCUUUCUUUCUGUGGGGCUAAUGAAAUUAAUCAUUUCUACUGUGCUGAUCCUCCUCUUAUCAAACUGGCAUGUUCUGACACCUACAGCAAAGAGUUAUCAAUGUACAUAGUUGGUGGCUAUAGCAAUGUCCAGUCCCUCCUGAUCAUUCUCACAUCCUACAUGUUCAUCCUUGUUGCCAUUGUUAGAAGCCGUUCUGCAGAAGGAAGAAAGAAAGCUUUUUCCACAUGUGGCUCCCACCUGACAGUGGUCACAAUUUUUUAUGGAACCCUCUCCUACAUGUAUUUGAGACCUCCCACCAAGGAGUCUGUGGAACAGGGAAAAAUGGUGGCUGUGUUUUACACCACAGUGAUCCCCAUGCUGAACCCCAUGAUCUAUGGCCUUAGGAACAAGGAUGUGAAAGAGGCAUUGAGAAAAGCAAUAGGGAAACAAAAACUGAGAAAAUAA